ACUGCCACAGCAGCUUGAGCUUCUUGUUUCCACUUGGACGCUUUUUAAAGAAUCCAAAUUAAGAUUUCUAUGACCUCCCCAAACCCUAAAUGCCCCAUAAUGAGAGUUGUGCUGUGAACAUUCAUCUCCGCAGUUCAGCAUUGGGUUGCCAAUGCCAUCGACUCAACUCAACCCACUGUCUCUAGUGUUGAAAAGAUGAUAUUAUAUUACGCGGUUAAUUCGAUCAGCUCAGAAAUUUUAAUAGCUUAAAAAGAAGCUUAGCGUGAAGCAUGGACAUCGAGGGGACUAAUACUCCUUUUAGAUGCUCUGACUGGGCAUCGUUUGAUGAUCAACAUUUCUUGCUUAAUUUCAUCAUGAGCACUUACUUGGGUCCUGAUGUCUACUCUGAUAACCCAAGAUGCUCUGCAUUUCAGAGAUUAGCUAAAAGGUUGCCGCCGUACACUUCAAACAACUUGGGGCCUUCAUUUCUCAGUAUUUCUCAGUUGGAAAGCUUGUAUUAUUAUGUUCUGAGAAACGCCAAUCCCCUCUUGGUUUUGAAACCAAAUAUGUUUUAUGUGUAUCUGAAGGGCAGCCUACAAUUGCCAAGCUCAGGAGCACCAGAGGACCAUCGGCAGUUCACAAGUUUUUUCCCUUUGAAUCUUCAUGGCCAUAAGAGAUACUCAGGGAACUAUGAAAUUGUCAAGGGGAUUGUGCUUAUUGAUGACCCUCUUACCUCCUCCAUGAAGGAGGAGGACCUAGAAAGGUUCAGACACUUAUCUGGUCUUGAAGAUUUGAGAAUUGAUGCAAGGAAAUGCCUCAGUUAUCAACAUGGACACCUAAAGGGUGGAGAAGAAACGGAGUCAACUUGCUUGAAACACAGUGACAAAGAAAUCGGUGAAACUAUUUCAAAUGGAAAAGAUAAGUCCUCGGCAAUGUUUGGACAGAAAUACAGAAGGCGUCGCUGCUGCAGUGACCUUGUUCCAGUUUCAGCACUCCCAAGUGAUCCUUCUAAGCCAGAACAACACAAUGAUGAAAGCGCUUCUGAGGGACCUAGUAAUCUGGAUGGAUCUGCCACAUCGCCUGUUAUAACUCUCCCUAAAUUCAAAGACUGUAUCUCGGACGAGUCUAUUGUCUUGACUGGCGCUGCAAGAAAUGAGAGGGUUGGACCGCAAGUCGGCCUUGUAGACAUAGGCAUUAGCAAAGCUGCAUACUUUUUCCAAGUAGCUCUUCCUGGUGUCCGGAGGGAUUUCUGUGAAUUCAGCUGUGAGAUUGAAUCUAGUGGGAGGGUUCUCAUCCAAGGGUCAUUGUCUGGUGGAAAGACGAUAAGAAAACGUUCACGUGUCUUCCAGAUGAAAUAUCAGCAAAUGUGUCCGCCUGGACCAUUUACAAUAUCUUUCAGUCUACCAGGUCCUGUUGAUCCAAGACUCUUUUCACCCAACUUUAGAACUGAUGGUAUUUUUGAAGCAGUUAUCAUAAGACACAAGUGACAUUGGUCCUCCGCCAGGUUCAUAUAUGGACACCCCUAGAAUACAGUAAUGACGCCUUGCAGCAUCUGUAUUAACACUUCCUGAAUGGCAGUAGCUCAUCAUGUAAUAUUGUAUAGGUUUUGUUGUACCUUAAUUCAGUUCAAUGCUAUGAGAUGCCCAUGUAAUGUCAAAUAACAUUUUAAAAACUUAAUAAAUAUUUUUAUAUAC